AUGAUUGAUAGUGAGGGUGUCGUGAGGAUUAAGAGGCGCAUCUGCGUUCCUCGUGUGGAUGGAUUGAUUCGUUUGAUGUUGGAGGAGGCUCAUAGUUCUAAAUAUUAUAUUCAUUUAGGUGCAACAAAGAUUUAUCGUGAUUUGAGGUGUCUUACAAUUCAGAGAAGUUGGCACAGAUCUACAUUAGAGAGAUUGUUUGAUUGCAUAGAGUGCCCAUUUCCAUCAUUUCAGACAGAGACACUCAGUUCACUUCCUAGUUUUGGAGGACUUUGCAGAGGGUGUUGGGUACUCAGUCAGAUCUUAGCACCACAUUUAAUCCACAGACCGAUGUAUCGACAUGGCACUGUUCGAGGCUUUGUAAGGAGAUGGCGUUCUCUGAUUGGGUGGUUUGAUGCUUUCGAGGUGAGACAUUGGUGUACGGAUUUGUUGAGAGAGUCCUUGGAAAAUGUGAAGUUGAUUAAGGAAAAGCUUCCGGCAGCUCAGAGUAGGCAAAAGAAGUAUGCGGACCGAAAGGUUCGUGAUUCAGAGUUUAUGGUUGGUGAGCAGGUUUUGUUGAAGGUUUCACCCGUAAAGGGAGUGAUGCGAUUUGGGAAGAAGGGCAAGUUGAGCCUGAGGUUUAUUGGUCCCUUCAAGAUUCUCCAUCGUGUUGAUGAGGUAGCUUAUGAGUUAGCUUUGCCGUCAAGCUUGUCAGGUGUUCAUCUGAAUAUAUCCUUCGAGGAAGAGCCGAUAGCCAUUUUGGAUAGGCAAGUGAAGAAGUUAAGGUCUAAGGAUAUUGCUUCAGUUAAGGUGCAAUUGAAGCACUAUCUUGUUGAAGAGGCAACUUGGGAGACCAAGGCAGACAUGUAA